AUGGGAAUUUCCUUACGGCUAAGAUUGGUGCGAGCUAUUGACUCUUUUCGGAUUUCUGCUCCUGCUCCCCCAGAGCUUGUGGACUUCACUGUUAAGGAAGCUCUUCUUCCAGGUACCUGCUCUUGGAAUGUCCAGUUGCUUCAGUUUCUUGUUGGUGAAUAUGACCUCAAAGCUAUUGUUAACAUUCCAGUGCUUCCUGAAGCGGGCCCGGACAAACUUGUUUGGCACUUUUCUAAUCAUGGGCAUUACACUGUCAAAUCAGCCUACCAUCUUGCUAGCUCUGUCACUCUUGACGAUUCCUAUAAGGUUGAAGGUCAGUGGGGAAAAUUAUGGAAGAGUGAUGUUCCGCCGAAGAAUCUUUGGCAUGUGUUUCUGUUUUGCCCGUUCGCCGAAGAUUGUUGGAGAGCUAGUCAUUUGCAGGCGUUUAUUUCCAAUAUUAUCAGCGGGAGCGACUCGUUUGUUAUGGCCCUCUUCCUUAUUAUUGGCAGCUCGAAUGAAGAUGUUAAAACUAAAGUUUGCAUGCUCUUUUGGCAAAUUUGGAAAGAAAGAAAUGCUGUGGUUUGGAAUGAGAGCAACCUGGUACCGUCGUCCUCCAUGGUGGCUGCGGUUGUUACGUGUGCAGAUUGGAAAUUGGCGAGAUCUGUGGCUGCUCAUCUCAGUGCUCGACAGCAGCCAACAGCUCCAUGCCUGGGUUGGCAUGCUAUUCCGGCUGAUUCCGUGAGAUGUAAUGUUGACGCGGCGUUCUUUGAGCAGGACCAAACGAUGGAAAUUGGUAUUGUUGUCCGUGAUAAUACUGGGAGCUUUGUGGCUGGUAAAACUAUGAAGAUGCCGGGAGGUAGAAGUGUCGAGGAAGGUGAAUUGAUUGGCAUUAAAGAAGCUCUUUCUUGGCUCAAGGAUCUUGGGCACAUGAAAGGAAUUGUGGAGUCCGAUAGCAAGCGGGCGUGCGAAGUUAUUAGUUCAGGUGAGAAGAACAUUUUAGAGAUUGGUGCGAUUGCCUCUUUCUGCCGUAGGGAAAUAAGGCUGUUUUCGGACAUUAGUAUCAUUCAUAUCAAGCGAUAA